AUGCACCGGAUUCACUCGUGGGCGAAAGCUCACGCAUCUUCUAGUGGCCUGCCAGCUCAGACUCCCUCUCAACAGGCCACCGACCCUGUCAAUACCGAAAAACUUGCUCAAGAUGGACAAGUGAAUAUUCCAGUAGAGGACCCUACUCCAGGGUCCGUCACAGAAACUGACUCACAACCGGGUCUUCUGAUCCGUAUGCGAAAUGGCUCUGGUCGUUUCUACCGCCAUACCAAGGAUGCAAUCUGCCACAGCUGGAUCAAUGUCCUGCUGGUCUUUGUACCGGUUGGUAUUGCCUGCGAGGCUGCGGGUCUCAACCCAGCCAUCAUCUUCGCGAUGAAUGCAGUGGCCAUCAUUCCCCUGGCUGGACUGCUCAGUCUUGCCACAGAGAGUGUCGCCAGUCGUCUUGGUGACACUAUUGGAGCCUUGAUCAAUGUUACUUUCGGAAAUGCGGUUGAAUUGAUCAUCUUCAUUAUCGCUCUGGUCAAGAACGAGAUUCGCAUCGUUCAAGCUUCCCUUCUCGGCUCCAUUCUCGCCAAUCUGUUGUUGAUUAUGGGCAUGGCCUUCCUGGCUGGUGGCCUUCGCUUCCGAGAGCAGAUUUACAACAGUACCGUUACUCAGAUGAGUGCUUGUCUGCUCAGUUUGAGUGUGAUGAGUCUUCUCUUGCCCACUGCUUUCCACGCCUCGUGGUCGGACAGCGGCGAUGCAGAUCGUGAGACACUGAAAGUCAGCCGUGGUACCAGUGUCGUCCUACUGUUGGUGUAUAUCCUUUACAUCAUCUUCCAGCUGAGAACACACUCGUAUCUCUACGCCAGUAUCCCCCAGGCCAUCAUCGAUGAGGAAUCCAAGCCCGGUGUCUUGUCAGAAUUUAUGAACAGCUCUUCCGAUUCCUCCUCCAGCUCCAGUGAUGAGUCGGAUGACACUACGACUUCCUGGACCACCGCCAAACGGAUCAAAAGAGCAAUGAAGUAUCGCAGACACCGAAAGUCAAGUACAAGCUCAAAAGGGACAACAUCUCGUCAUUCCUUCCAGAAAAAGCCUAUGGCAUCGGCUUCCAAUGAACACCAGGACUCUAUUGGCAGCUAUGAACAGGCCAUUGAGCUUAGUGACGAAAUUCGUUAUGAUGCCGACGAAGACGUUCAAUCCUCCUCCGCAGUCCGUUCUCGCGAUUUUGGUUUGGCUCUGAGCCGUAUGGACAGCAAAGCGAGUGAGAAGUCGAAAAAGCGGGAUCGCAAGAGGCGCAGGGCAGAGAAAGAAGAGAAGAAGGCUCGGAUUAUGGCACCCGAAGAAAGCGGUCCCUCGUCGGACAUCAAUGGUUUCCCAUUUGCCACUAAUGUUAUUGCUGGACCUGAAGGCGCAGGAGAUGAUCCCCGGAAACGCCGUUCUCCUUUCGGACCUAUUCCGUCUCUACUUUCCAACACUGUCUUCAGCUCCCAGUCACCAGCAGCUUCCCCCAUGGUCGGAGCCACUGCCUCGCACCCAGGAAUUUCUCGCAGCAACUCGCUCCCCGCACAUAUCAGUCGUCCUCCGCCGGUCGGAAAUGCUGUGCAGUUCGCCCGUGGUGCUUCUCGUCUAACGGAGCCAAAUGAUGUUGUGGCUCCUGAGACGGCUUCCCAAACUCCGGAACCCACAAUGUCACGUACUGCUGCUGUUGUCAUGCUCCUGCUGUCCACGGCUUUGGUGGCUGUUUGCGCUGAGUUUUUGGUUGACGCUAUUCCCGUGAUGAUCGAAAGCUCCACCGUCAGUGAAGCUUUCAUCGGUCUCAUUAUCCUGCCCAUUGUCGGCAAUGCAGCAGAGCAUGUUACUGCCGUCAGUGUUGCCGCCAAGAACAAAAUGGACCUGUCGAUUGGUGUGUCUGUUGGUAGUAGUAUUCAAAUUGCUAUUUUCGUCACACCACUGGUCGUCAUCCUAGGCUGGUGUAUGGACAAGGAUAUGUCUCUGUACUUUACGCUCUUUGAGACCAUUUGUCUCUUUGUGACCACCUUCGUUGUCAAUUUCCUCGUCUUGGACGGCCGAAGUAACUAUCUAGAGGGUGUCCUCUUAGUUGCAGCCUAUAUCAUCAUUGCCCUAUCCGCCUUCUUCUACCCGGACCCUAAGCAAUCAAGUGUUAUCGCAGGCUCAGGAGGAUAA